AUGCGGCUGCGGCCGCCGGUGUGGACGCGGGGGUGGGUACAGGCGUUGUGCCCUGCAGGGCGGGAGGUGGAGGCUCAGUGCGCCCUGCAGCUGCGCAGGAUCGGCGACAAGUGGGACCUGCGGCAGAAGUUCCUGAACCUCCUCACGAAGCUAUUCUUCCCGGAGACGUGAGCUCCCCUCGGACGCGGUGCGCUGAAAAAGCAGGGAAAGACCUUGGCUUUGUGGAUUUGGGACAAGAGACUUCACUGACAGUGGGAGAUGGAGAAAGCUCUUUGCCUUGUGUUUUGCUGCCCGGAGCCGCUGAAGGAUGGCUGUCGCAACGCGGUUUCUUCGAAGAAUGUUACGGCGAUGUUGGCGUCUGAAAGCCAGGUGAAAAAAA